CAUCCACCACAAGCAGCGCUCCCUCCCAAAAUGUCCGCCGAUCCGAGUGCCCUGUCGGCAGUCGACCUAGAUGACGAGCCAUACGAGUCCGCCGAGGAUGAGGAUUUCCAGCUCGAUCCGGCGCAAGAUGAGUCCGAGCUAUCCUCAUCCGAGGACGAAGCUGCUGAGCCCGCGAAGAAGAAACGCAAGGCCGAUAAGAAAGAUGAGGUCGUCGCAGACGAACUAGAUUCUGGCGACGAAGCUACGAUACAGAAAGCGCGGGACAGACGGAAUCAACUCAAGAGGAAAAAGGCCAAGGGCAAGAAUGUGGUCGACGACGAGGAUCUUGAUUUCGACGAGGCUGAGGAAGGGGGAACUGGAGGUUUUGUGCGGACACGCGCAAUGAAGAAACACAUACAGGAAGAGGAGCGUAAACCGCUGGCUCGAAUCGACGGCGCCACGGUGGAUGUCGAUGCCCUGUGGGCGCAGAUGAAUGCUCCCGAGAGUCAAGUGGCCCUGGAGGCUUCCCAAAUCGAGCACAAGCUUGAACCGACGCCAGACGAAUCCGACCAUGUCGCCAGUAUGAGUGCGCCAAAGCAGAAUGCCCCAGAAUCGGACGACAAAACGCGCCAUGGCCAACACAAAGAACAAAUGGUGAAGAUCAAGCGCACAUACAAAUUUGCGGGCGAGUGGAUCACCGAGGAAAAGGUGGUUCCGAAGGACUCCGCUGAGGCGAAGGCUUUCCUGUCUAGCGGCGAGAAUGUGGAAUACGCAGAGGUCGAAAAUGCCAACAGCGCGACGAGUACCGCUAAUCUGCGCCGUCCUCUGCGGAAGAUCUCGCGAUUCGACCCCAACCCAACCGGCUUAAUCAAAAAGAGUUGGGAGAAACACGCCACGGAGACUGCGGCAGACGCAGCCGGGCCUAAGAUCAACACCGUCGAGAAGUCCAGACUCGACUGGGCGCAGUAUGUGGAUCAGGCUGGGAUUAAGGACGAACUGCGGACACACAGCAAAGCCAAAGAAGGAUAUAUGGGCCGUAUGGACUUCUUGGGACGUGUGGAAUCCAAACGAGACGAGGAAGCCCGACAGGCCCGUCUCAAAGGCAUUUAAGGCUACUAUUAUCUGCCUUUCUGGUUUGCUCGCCUUCUCUUAUCUACCACAUUCGGGCAACAGAUUCCGACCAUACACAAAUCUUACCGCAGCACAGUGCCUCGAAUGGAUCGGAAAAUCUUCCUGCAGAGUGCAUGCCACCAAAGUCUUGUCCAGAUCCCAUGAGUUCUGCUGCAAAAUGGGUUGAAACGCCGGCAGCUCCCGCCUUCUUCAAACAACCAGCCAGCCGAUCUUUUUCGAAGUGGGAAACUCCCCGAGUACGCAUCUCUCAUCGAUGAUCAAGUGGAUAGACUUGUAAAAUAGUCCGCGGCGACCACUUGAUCUGUACAGAGCCGGGGCCCCCAUGCUGAUCGCCGGCGGUCAUGCGAGCUCGUACAUCACCCAAGUCGGGGGCGGGCCAUUACAGGAAAAUGGAAGAUUGCUUGUCGUAUUCUUGACUUUCUGUGGAGAAUCUGUAUUUUUACUCGAACGCUACUCAAUUGCGGUCGGCCCUUUGCUGAUUGCUUUCCUUCCAUGGGCGUCAAAACCCAUGUUGUGUGCUAUGUACUAUAGUCUCCAGGACACCAAACCAGAUACCCUUACUCACAUCGUUACAUCACAGAAAGUGAACUCAUUUGUAAAGAUCUCUCAUAUCGAUAUCAGGCCAGACUACAUCCUUGCAUCAUUCCAUUGCGGAUCCUCACUUGGGCACGUACUUGAUGCCGGUCGUAGGGCAGCUCGACG